AUGCAACAACAACGAAGCAAUUUUGGUUAACAAAUCUUCUAAAAUGAUGUCAUGAAUCAAAACAUCAAUCCCAACGAUUUUAUGAUGUAGAACAUGAUGAAAAUGUUUUAACAGCAGAUGAUGUAGAUGAUGCAAAGCCAAACAUCUGGUAAUUGAUUUGCUUAUUUUUAGGCAUUGAUUUAGAAAAAUUUUACCAUAACAAAGUAUGUGACAUGAAUUAAUUCUAUAAUCAAAUGAAACCUGAAGAAAGCUAAUUACAAUAAUCUUCGCAAUUCAUCAACAAUUAUAAUCCUAACAAAUAUCAAGAAGUAAGCACUAAUUUUAAGUAGGAAACCAUUGUGAACCCUAAUAGAUAAUUACAUUUUGAUGAUAUUAAAAUAACUUAGAAUUAUAGAAAUGAGUUUCAUGAUUAUAAUUUACCAGAAAAUGACUAUUUUAAUUAAUAUAAAAAUAAAUAAGACCAAAAAUAACGUUAACUAAGACAAAAAGAAUAAGGAGAUUAGAUAUCAACUAAGCAACAAUUAUCAAGUUUUGAUUAAUCAGAUUACGAUGAAAAUUACAUUAAAUCAUAAAAAUAAUAACAAAAAAAAGCAUCUGCCUUUGAUGAUAUGCCAAUACAACAAUCAAACCAUGAUUAACAAUAAAUCAGAUCUAAUUAAAAAAAAAAUAAUCUAUAUUAAUAAAAUGAAUGUGAUUUUAGAUAACAGUCUAGUCCAUUUGAUGAAAUGCCAAUAAAACCUAUGAAAAACAAUAAUAAUUUUGAUGACAUGACCUUCAAAAAUAAAAAAUAAGACGAUUAUACUAAAAAUUAGUAUGAUGAAAUACAAUAUUUUUAGAAAUAAUAGAAAUAAUUUGAUGAUCAAUCCAAUAAGAAAACAAACUAUUCUAAUCCUUAUGAUGAAAUCCCAAUCUAAACACAAAAGCAAAAUUACAAUACUUUCGAUGAUAUGCCAAUAAAACCUUCAAAGAAAGGGCAAGAUGAGUAAGUAAUAAAGAAUAAGAAAAAUGCAUUUGAUGAAGUGCCAAUUAAAUCGACAAAAAAUCAAACAUUUGAUGACAUUCCUAUUAAAACCACUAAAGGAGGUUUUGAUGAGAUUCCUAUCAAAACAAAUAAAAACUAAGCAUUUGAUGAGAUUCCAAUUAAGACAAAUAAAAAUUCAGCUUUUGAUGAGAUCCCAAUUAAAACAAAUAGAAAUACUUUUGAUGAUUUGCCAAUUAAAUCAAAUAAAAAUCCAUUUGAUGAUAUACCAAUGAAAUCUAAUAAAAAACAAAAUUUUGAUGAGAUGCCUCCAAAAAAUAAAAAACCUCUUGAAGAAGUUAAUUUUGAUGAACAAGGUCACGUUAAGAAGAAACCCUUCUUGAAAAAAGGAACAAGAUAGUUUUUAUCAAAUGCUUAACAAAGAUCUGAUAUUGCUAAGAAAGAACAUGCAGAAAUUUUGAAAGAAAAUAAUGCUUCAGGAACUUUACCUAUAUAAAACUAAAACUAAAUCAAUUAAAUUAAACCUUAAAAAAUAUAGUAAUAACAAUAAAAAGUUGAAUUUAAAUAGGAGUAAAAAGAAGCCUAAUAAAAACCAAAAAAAUAGGAAGUGCCAAAGGAAUAACUUAAAUAAUAAUAGCCUAAACAAUAAUAAUAAUAAUAAUAGGUAUAAUAAAAAUCUAUUAAAUAAAAAGAGGAAUCUGAUAUUCAUCAAGAUUCAUAUUAAGAAUAUUAAUUUGAUGAUAAUGAAGACUGGAAUGAUGAACCUCCUAAAUAAUCAAAGAUUGCGACCUCAUACUUUGGAUUAAAGAAAGAAAAGGAUGCAAGAGAAAAAAAAUAAGAGAAACCAUAAGAAAAUGAAGAAGAAAUAGCCAGGAAAUAUGUCUAAGAUAAAAUUGAUAAUUUAAAUGCAGAAAUUGCUAAGUUCAAAAGUGAAAAUGAAAAAGUCAAGAAAGCUAAAGUAAAAUGUGACGAUUAAUUGAAAUAAUUACAAAGAGAGAGAGAGGAGUGGGAAAAGCAAAAAGAAAUAGAAAAACUUGAAUUAGAGGGAUGGAAAGAAGAAGAGAAAAAGAAAAUGCUUAGAGAAAAAAGAAUUCAAGAAAGACAAUAAAAAACUAUUUAAAAUUUGCCUAAUAGAAAAGAGAGAGAAGAAAUUGAAUCAUUAAAAUAAUAAGUACAAAAAUUAACAGAAGAAUAAAAGCAAAAAGAUUAGAAGAAUAAGUUAUCUUAUGAUAGAUUAAAGAAAUAAAAUGAAGAGCUCAUAUAAAGAAAUUAAGAAUUAUAAGCAGAAGUUAAAGCAUUAGAACUUAGACUUCUAGAAUAAAAGCGACCAAACUCCUAGGCUACAAUUUAAUAAAGCAAAUCGUAAUAAAUAUAAUUGAAAUCUAAUGCAUCUGGUCUUUCUUAAAAGAAAGAAGUUCCUUAAUAAAAUAAUAGAAGACAAAGUCCAACAAGUUUUGGUGAGGAUUUAUCAACAAAAAAUAAGUAAUCCAUAAAAGAAUAUACUAAAUAAAAUUCAUAUAGAGAUGAUGAUGACAAUGAUGAGGAAUAUUAAGAUGAAGACAAUAGUGAUGAUGAUUAAGAGGAUAAUGAUGAGGAAUAAGAUUAAUAGAGAAGAAAAACUUAAUAAUAAAAUAGUAAGAAAUAUGAUUUAAUUGAAAUGUAGAAUGAGGGUAUCCCAUUCACUAUAAAAAAUAUUAAUAGUUUGAUUUCUGAAUAGGAAUUUAACUAUGACCAAAAUCGUCAUUAUCAAAAUUAUAAAAAGAAUAAGGAUGUUCCUUCAAAAAUAAUUUCUCAAAAUGUUGGACCCGAUGGUAAAAUAUCAAGAUAAUAUUCGAAUGGUAAAAAAGAGGUAGUUUUCCACAAUGGAGUAAAAAGGGAAGUAUUUCCUGAUGGAUAUGUUAUUGUCCACUUUACUAAUAAAGAUGUGAAGUAGACUUUGCCUAAUGGAACAGUAAUAUAUUACUUUGCGGAUGCCAGUACAACUUAAAUUACAAUUUCAAAUGGACCAAAUGUAUUAUAUUUUGAUAUAUUUAAGAUCUACAGAUUUUCUAAUUAAUAGAUUGAGAUCCAUCUUAUUGACGGCACUAAGGAAAUUCGAUUUGGGGAUGGAACAGAAAAGUACAUAAAUGCUAGUGGGGAAGAAUAGACAUUUUUCAGUGAUGGGAUAAUAUAAAAAAUUAAUAGUUAAAAAGUAAAGUAAAUUGAAUAUCCAAAUGGAAAUGUAGAUAUAAUUUAUCCUGAUGGCUAGACAUAGAGAUAGUUUAGGAAUUGA